CUGGCGGGCGGGCGUGAGGAGAGGCAGGCGCUGAGCCGAGGGACAGGGACGCCUGGGGCACAGGGACCACACGGGGUACUGGUGCCCCAGACCACAGCCCCAGGCCCCGGCCUGGCCACCCAGCAUCAGGGUCUCAGACUGAGCCCCACAGUCCAGCAAGGGGAGGGGUCCAGGAAUCCCCAAGGAGGACACAGCCGCUCUCCAGGACCCCCAGCGGGGGCCUUGUUGGUCCCUACGCACCGGCGGCAGCUCUGCCGAGCGGCCUGUGGGGCGGCCAGGCCUGGUGCAGCUCUCUCCUGUAGAUGGAGGUGGACGGCCUGACCCCCUACAUGCUGGGCCUCCUGCUGCUGCCCCUCCUGGCCAUGCUGCUGAUGGCCCUGUGCGUGCGUUGCCACGAGCCUCCUGGUGAGUCUGUGUGCCGCCCCCCACGCGGCUGGGGCUGGGUUCUCUUGGCCACAUACCCCAGCUGUGUCUUUCCUGCCAGUUCAAACCCAACGAGCAUCCUGAUCAAACCUUCCUACAUGCCUGUUCCCUGGCCACCCGCCACCUCCUACCCACCUGUUAUCUCCUACCCACCCCCGAGCCAGCCAGACCUGCUCCCCAUCCCGAGAUCCCCACAGCCCCCUGGGGGUUCCCACCGGAUGCCAUCUUCCCGACAGGAUUCAGAUGGUGCUAACAGUAUGGCGAGCUACGAGAAUCAGGAGCCGGCCUGCGAGGACGCAGAUGAAGAUGAUGAUGAGGAUGACUACCACAACCCCGGCUACCUGGUGGUGCUUCCUGACUGCACCCCGGCCACUAGCACUGCUGUCCCCUCAGCUCCUGUGCCCAGUGAGCCUGGCCUCCGUGACAGUGCCUUCUCCAGUGAGUUAGUGGAAGAUUACGUGAACGUUCCUGAGAGCGGAGAGAGCGCAGAGGCGUCUCUGGAUGGGAGCCGGGAGUACGUGAAUGUGUCCCAGGAGCUGGAGGCGGAGGCCAGAGCCAGGCCUGCUCCCCUGAGCUCCCAGGAAAUGGGGGAUGAAGAAGAAGAGGGGCCCCCGGACUAUGAGAACCUGCAGGAGCUUAACUGAAGGCCGGCCAGGGUCACGUCUGUCGUCCUGGAACCAGCCUCGCGGGCCGGCUGAGCUGGGCAGCUGGAAGUGGCGCUGGGGGUGCCACUGGGUGCCCUGCCCUGACUCCAGCGGACAGCAGCCUGAGAACCCCCCUAACUUAUUGUCACUUUGGGGGCCAGUCUGUGUGCCCCCACUACCCUGCACCUUCUGACGCAGCCUGAGAACGACCCUCCCUGGUGCAGCCCACUCCUCCUAACAGAAUAAAGGCCCUGUGGUCUGCAGUGCUCUUGGCUCCGAGCCCCAGGCGCUGGAGGCGGGUGGGGGGCUGGGCGGGGUCCUGCCUGUGUCCCCUGAGAAUGUGCCUGCAGGCUGCGGGCUGCGGGCCAGGAACCUGGGGCCCUCUGCCCUGUGUUGGUGGGUCCCGUCACCCGCAGUGCGAAGGUCCCGUCCUGGUUCUGUGAGUGACAGCAGACGCAGCCAGGUUGCUGCUGCCUUUGGAACGAGGCUCUGACCCAGCAGCCAAGACACGUCUCCCCACGAGGUGGUCCAUGACCUGCAGCUGCCCGUUGGCAGAGUGGGCUGAUGGCAGACGGGCAGGGCCCUGGGGGCGCGGGUGUGACAGAGACCGGCCGCUGGCACUCCCCGUCUGGCUUGCAACCAGGGGCUGGCCCUGGUCACCUGAGCGCUCCGUUCUUGGCCUGUGUGGUUCUCAGCGAAACAGAAAUGGUGGAAGCAAGCGGGGCGUGGUGGCGGGUGCCCCGAGUCCGGGCUACUCUGAAGGGAGGGUGGCUGGGUGGGAGGCGGGGCGCGGGUUGCCACCACAGCUAGACCUUGUCCCUAAAAACAGUUCCAGGCAGCGGGAAACGGGUGUGGCAGCCUGGCACAGCGCCACCAGGACUCGGUGGCCUGGGAUGGGACUUCACGCCUGGCCCACGGGAUUCCCGUGCUGCCGUUCUGUGCUCCGUGACCUGCGCCUUGAGCGGCCAGGGUUUGGUGACUGCUGUUCACCUGACCAGGAUCCAGCACCGCUGGUUUUGGGAAUGUCCCCUCGGUUUCCCCUGGGAUCCCCUCCUUUCCCAGUCUCAUUCCGGGUGGAUCUGGAAAUUAUUGAGCCAGCCUGCACCUCAGGAGGGAAGCCCAACCAGACCUGGACCCCAGUGGUCCCCUGACCUCUGACCACGGUGACGGCUUGGGUCACAUGACCCACAUGACCAGCCUGCGUGCGGCUGAGGAGCAGGCCCGGGACGUGCUGGGAGGAAAAGCCUCAGUCACAGUCGUUCUUACACUGGACGGGUGCAGUCCUGGGGCCACUUGGAAAGUCCACCUAGAACGAGGCCAUCAGAGAGGAAAGAGUGUCCCUAGACAGGCAGGCACGGCUUCCUGGUGGUGUCAUUAGAACUCCUGGAUCUAGCCGCGUGGGCAGGAUGACCCCCUCAG